AUGUCCACCAUCAAUAGCAGUCCUCAAUGGUUCACCGCCGCCGUCACUAGCACUAGCAGCAGUUUGUACUACCCUCUGAACAAGGAAAAGUCUAUGGACGAUUCACAGCGCUCUUCAGUGUCUACCCGUCGCUCUCUAGUCAAAAUGGUAGAUGCCUCCCCGCUCUCCACCACCCGAGCAUCUAUGAAGUCCAAGAAGAGGGCCAACAUGAGAUCAGUCAAGUUUAACGACGAGCCAGAAGGUUGUGUGGUUCAUCAACUAGAGUCAGACAACGAGGAUCCCGCAGUGCUCUGGUUUUCGAAACCAGAGAUCCAAGCACUCCGCGCAGAAGGACGCCAAACACUCAAAAAGGUCAAGGAAGCUGGAGGUGACUUGACUGCUCUGAACGAAUCCAUUGGCGAAUCGAUUCGUGGUUUGGAGCAUGGUCUUUCUUCCUUCGACUCGGAAGAUGCCCACUGGAAUGGCGAAACCCAGGUUGACCGCAGUGAACGCCGCAAGAACAUUGUCAGCACCAUCUUGGCACAACAAGAGGAACAACGAGAAAUGGGCAUUAACGAUCCCAAGGGCCUCAAGCAAUGCAGCAUUGCCGCCACACAAUGGGCCCAUGACCGCGCGCUGGAUCAAGCGCAAAAGGACUUUACGGAUGCCGUGGAAGUGUGGCGGGAAGAUGUUCAAUGUGCCAAGAUUCUGCCCAGUAUUCUGAACCGCAAGGCCGCCAAGAGAGCGUCCACUCGACGUGUCAGUUUGCUGUCCACGGGACGGGAUUCCAUGGGUUCCACCGCCGAACAACGAAGGGCCACCCUGCAUACCAUCUCCCAAACUGUCGCCAGUGCUCUGGAAGAGCUUGAUGACUUGGACUUUUAA